AUGACCGACUUCGAUGAAAUCAAGGACCGGGAUCCUUAUACCUUUAUUCCGGCUGAUGAAUUCUUCAAUCACUUCGACAACGACUUGUUCGAUUCAUGUAUUAGACAGCCCGAGAGAGCUUCAUUUGAUGAAGCUGACCAGCCAAAAAUACAGAUCAACGGCGAAGCGAGAAAUGUGUUUCGGUAUGGCAAAAUCUUUCGGCUACACGAACAAUUGGAGGGCGAGCCGGAUGAAGAAUCUCUGCUGUUGAUAGAGUUUGUACGACCUCAAGUCUGGAGGAUUCGCUUCAACCCUGCUGCCGCAAGUAAAUGUAGCUUUAAAGAUGAAAACAGCCGUGCUAUUGCAUGCCCUAGUAUGUCUGAGCUUAUUACGAAAUUGGAUGGUUUUGAAGGGCUUGACUGGAGAGUCGAGCUUAUAUCCACUGUUCCGUCAUAUUAUAUCCUGCAAUCUGUGAAAGCUGGCGCUGAAAAGCCCGAGGUCCAGCUUUGGAUUCAGAAAAGCCCCUUUCAGAUCACUGCUAUCCGGCCUGUUAAGAAUAGCCGCAUCGUCGAAAAGUUUUCCAUGCCUAGUACCAUUGACGAGGCUAUUCGGUCGCAGGUUGACUUGCAGCCAAUUCAAGGUGUUGAAAAGGCCGUCAUCUGGAAAACCAAGCCUAAGCCGAUCAAGUACGUAUCUCGUGGUAGUGCGACUAUCCUGUCUGUAGAAGCACCUGCAACAGCGCAUUACAUGGGGUUUGGCGAACAAGGAGGACGGAAUUUGUUCAAAUCCAAUACAUACAUGAAUUAUUUCAAUUUUGACAACAUGAAGUAUCAAAAUGUCUACGGCAAUGGUCCUUUGGAUGAACGAGAGCCGCUCUAUCAUACAGAGCCUUUCUGGAUGGAAGUGGCUAGCCACAUUGGAUUCCAAUCUGUUCUUGCGACAAUGAUUGACAACUACUCUCAUACCUGCCUUGACGUACGAAAAACGCAUCAAAGAACGAUUCGCACUGCAACAAGAUUCAACGAGUUUAAUUGCAUGAUUGUAGCUGCUGACAGAAUAUCCGAGCUUCUCAACGUAUACACAUCAAUCGUUGGCAAGCCGAGCCUCAAGCCGAGAUACGUUCUUGGGUACCACCAAGGAUGCUAUGGAUAUGACACGAAAGAGGCGGUUCUGCAAUGCGCUCAAAACUACCGAGAUGCUCAAUUCCCGCUUGAUGCAAUCCACAUAGACGUGGAUAUUCAGAGGGAACACAAAACGUUUACUAUUGACGACAGACCUGGGCAUUUCCCCCAGCCUAAAGAAAUGUUUGAUACACUUAGGCGGCAAGGUGUGAAAUGCUGUACAAACAUCACGCCUCAUAUUAAUUCUGCUCAAGACCCGGAAUAUACGACCCUCAACGAACUCUUGGAAAACAAUUACUACGUUGAAGAUAGGCGAGAUCUUGCAAAGUCAGAUUUACGUCCAUGGCAAGACCGGUAUCAUUACUGGGACUAUGGCAGGCGCGUUGUGACAAAUCCAUCCGAAACGAGGCCCGACUACAGAAUACCGGAUGAGACCGAUUUGUCCGUGACGUAUAACGCUGGAAAGCCGUUCCGUGGCGGAGUCUAUUACGGAUGGGGAAAUGGUGCUCCUGGGUAUUACCCAAAUCUUAACAACCACGAAGUCAGAGAAUGGUGGGGGAAGCAGUUCAAAUAUCUUUUUGAGUGCGGUGUUGAAUUCAUCUGGCAAGAUAUGACGUCUCCUUGUAUUGCCCCUGAGUAUGGAGACAUGAAAUCAUUCCCUUUUAGACUUCUUCUCGACAGUGAUACCCGGCUUGAUGAGUCUUACGAGGAAGUUGCAGUAAAAAGAAAGGCAAUUGAGAUAUGGGCACUCUACAGUUAUAACCUAUACGAGGCUACCUUUAAUGGGUUACAGAAUCUCCAUCUCAGCAAUGAGUUGGCAUGGAGAAAAGGCCGACGGAAUUUCAUCAUUGGAAGAGGCAGUUAUAUCGGAAGCCAUAAAUUCGCUGGUCUGUGGACCGGAGAUAACGCUUCCACUUGGGACUUCCUCUCGACCUCGGUUGUACAGGUCUUGGGCCUUGGACUGUCUGGUAAUGCAAUUUCAGGACAGGAUGUUGGAGGCUUUGAGUUCAUCGAGCCAGAUCAUAACUGGGCAAAUCCAGAGCUUCUGAUUCGGUGGUAUGGCGCGUACUCUUUACUACCCUGGUUUCGCAAUCAUUAUACAAAGAAAGAUGGAAAGCAGUUCCAGGAGCCGUAUGCCUACGAUCAACAUUACCGAGACAACAUGCACCACUUCCACGAUCCAAGAGAGGCCUUUCUUUUUCGGGCUGUGCUCCCUGUGUGCAGAUACUACGUUCGGCUUCGUUACAGUCUGAUGCAGCUGUUGUAUGAUGCCAUGUUUGAAAAUGCUGUUACAGGGAUGCCGGUUGCCAGGUCGAUGAUAAUUACCGAUGAUCAAGACGCAACAUUGUUCUUUGAAAAUAAGUGGUUUGCAAACGAUCAAUACCUGGUCGGAAACGAUAUCCUCGUGGCGCCACCCUUACGCGCCGAAGCGUUUUUCGACCGCCAUGAAGUCUAUCUACCAUAUCCCGACGAAUGGUUUCCCAUAAACCUUUACCCGGAUGAGCCUUUGGGCACGGCGUUGAACCCGGCUAUUGGCGGCGGAAGCCGUAUUUUCUGCAAAUGCAACAUUAGCCUCGAAGACGACCAUAUUCCCAGAAUUACUCCAAUGUACAUUCGCGAAGGCGCUAUUAUCCCCAAGAUAGAGACGAGGAUGAGCACGCCCGAUUGGUAUCCGAAUGGCUAUCCAGGUGCGGAAUCGGAGAUGAAAGCGCCAGAGGCAAACCCGAUUACUUUCCAUGUUUAUCCGGGUAAAGAUAAUACUUAUACAAUGUACAUUGAUGACGGCAUAUCAACGGAUAGCGAGCCGUUGUCCAAGAUUCCAAACUUGACAGACGAACCCAAGCCUGAUGCGGACAAAUAUUGCGAAGUACGCAUCAAGCAGGUAAGUACUUACAGCAACCCUCGUAAUGAAAACGUUCUCUAUCAAUGCCCUAACACCGACCAGGUUACCAUGAUUAAUACAGAAGAAAAGUGCACGCGAGUGCUCACAAUCGAAGCCAUACAAAACGGCUACGACAAAUACAAACAAAUCGUCGGCGGCGAAUACAAGGUGGUUUUCUGGCAUAAGGAGUCGGCGUACAGUAAUGAUAUCGUUGUUGGGGGCUCGCUUGGGCCUAUUUCGGUGCAGCAUUUGGAGCGCAUUCGGGCAACGGUUGUCAAGUUUGCGACGGAUGUUGUUCAUGUGAAGGGGGGGAUUACGAUUACGCUUAUUUACGAUAAUUAG